GGAGAAAGGUAGGACACUUGGACAAUACCGCAGGGCAUCACCAGCAGCAGGGCGCCUGAUCACAUCACUUAUUCUGUCGCCUCCCGCACCCACGCUCCAGAUUUAUCCCCUAUCUUUGUCUUGUCACCAAGUCAUAUCACAUCCUCAUGAUCCGAUUAAUCGCUGUAGCUUUCUUCUCACUUCUAAUCGUGAAUGUUGAAUCAACUCCGUGUACAUUCGUAACCAAUGGUCAGCAAAUCACAUAUGGUGUUCGCGGAAACACAAUUCAUUUCCGGGUUGUCUUGACGGGAAUUCCACCUACUGGAUCUGGAUGGACUGCUAUUGGAUUCGGGAAUAGUAUGUUCUCUGGUCUCGACGUGAUUGUGGUUCGAGUCCUCAAUGGAAGAGUUAUUGUGACGGAUGAGUUUGUUCGCGGAUUCCAGUCACCAGUUCCAGAUAGACAAAACAACGUCCAAGUGUACGGACUUCGAUAUGAAAAUGGAGUUGUCGUAGCUUCAUUCUCAAGAUCAGUAUUUUCAACAGAACAAAUGGACGCCAACCUUUCAGGAUGCUCUCCAUGGAAGUUCUCCGUGGGUUUGAACCGAAUGAGUCCACAAGGUCACCUGUUUCACCAUUCUCAAACCCCAUUUCAUCGCGUUGUGUGCAUCAAUCAGUGUACUGUCUAAGUCAUUUUAUAUUCUCAUAUAAACCCCCUGCAUUUUGAUCUCCUGCCACGUCCCAAUCGUUUCUCCUUAAUUCGAAAUGUGUUUUGAUCUUAUUAAAUCAGAAAUUUUCUUUAUUGUCUGUACCUAAUUCUCUCUCUCUCUUUCUCACCAGCCCUCGUUGUCUCCGAAUAAAUAAUAUACUGG